GCCGUGGUCCCUGGGUCCUGUUGCUCUGCUUGGGAGUGUCAUUGUGGCUGUUGUUGACCUGGCUCCCAGCCAGCCCAGUUCCAUUCAGCCAUCUGGAAUUGUGCUUGGGGUGGCCCUGUCGGUGGUCCCUGCAGUGGCUGGUAUGGACCCCUUUGCUGGUAACCCCUUCCCCCCUGUGACUGACCCCCAUUUAGCGGACACUCCCUAGACCAGUGUCCCAUCUGACCGCAGACAAAGCAGGCUCCUGGAGUUCCCCCUCGGGGCGGGCCUCCCCGCCCCCUCCCUGGUCUCCCUCCUCCUCUCCCAUAUCCCCUCCCACUAUUUUGUUGCCAUUGGGGAGGACCCCACCUAUAGGGUGGGGGUUGGGCAUAGGAUUGUGGUUGUGUGUGUGGAGGGGCUGGGAUCCAGUCAGGAAUGGGGAAAAGGUCAGGAGUGGGGGGCCCUGCAGUUAAAGCCAUGACAUGUCUGCCUUUUUUGUCCUUGUCUUUCUUUCCCUCAUUAAUCUUUUGCCUAGCCUCAGCUAAUUGCAUUUUGAGCAGUUGAGCCUGAAGCUCUUUAAGGCCAGAUUCCUCUGUGUCUUGGUUGUCUUGAGCGCGUGUCAUGUGGAAAAUUAUGUGGCGUUCCCACUUACUGGAGUCUGCACCAAUCAUGUCUGGAUUUUCCUCAAUAGCCUGUUUAACUGGUUCUGGAACUCCCUUAAGCACCGCAGUUCUGUACCACUCUUGCUGUACUACUGGUUUACCAGGGUGACAACCUGUCUGAUUUAUCCAUUUUUCUUUGCAAUAGUCUAGGAAAUCCCUAGGGUUUUGUUUAGCGUCCCAUUUGAAUUUAGGGAUGGCAGCAGCCUUGGAAAUGGGAUAUCUGUCCCUCAGAUGUUUGCCUAUAGCAGUGGAUACGCGGGUGAAGGGGACGGAAUCUGCCAGGUGGAUCUGUGCAUUUAGUAAUUUCUCCCUGAUCGUCAGGAUAUGUCUGUAAGGAUGGAGAUGGAUAUCAAUGGAGUCUCAAGGGCACACGUCUCCAUUCUUCCUGCAGCUGAGAUCAAAGCCGCAUUGAAACCAGAAGCAGAAAGACCUCGCUGUGCCAGCACCCCAUGUUCUCCUAUCAGAGGUACUGUUGCAGGAUACCAGAUCCUCCACAUGGACUCAAACUAUCUGGUGGGCUUCACCACUGGUGAGGAGCUGCUCAAACUGGCCCAUCAGUGGUCAGAAGGCACUCCAGAGAAGGGUUCUGUAUCAGAAGCUGUGUCAAGCUCCAUCCAGAGCACUGUCCCAAAGUCUGUGGACUUGGGCCUCCACCGUUCUUCACGAAUCUGCAAAGGCAAAAGUCGCUACUACCAACCCUACGACAUUCCUGCUGCCAAUGGGCGGAGACGGAGGCGUAUGCCAAGCUCGAGUGACACCUUUCUCAGGUCCCUGACCCACGGGGAGCCUGGGAAGGGUCUUCAUACUCCACUACCCCGCUGUCUGCUUAAAGGGAAGAGGGCCCAGUCCAAGUCUCUGGACUACCUUAAUCUGGACAAAAUAAGCAUCAAAGAGUCAUCAGACACUGAGGUGUUACAGUACCAACUGCAGCACCUUACCCUGCGAGGGGAACGCAUGUUUUCCAGAAACAAGACAUGAAAGCACAGUGGGAGGCCCUUUUUAGUCAUCUUUCACCUGUUUGGGGAUUUAGGUGCUAUUUCCAGCUUGGUUUCUUUCUACUCAUAUUACAAACUGUUCUUUAAGAAGGCAGUCUGAUUAUCUUAUUAUAUUAUUAACUGGGGGUUUUACCUUGUACUGUACACAUAACAUGAAGAAAAUCCUUACAUCACUCCUCACAUUGUAAUGAGGUUGUUGAAGUUAAAAGAUGUGAAUAAUUUAACUUAGCAAUAACUGGUAAACUUAUUUAUUGACA